AUACUAAAUAUCCAGGUUUAUUUUACUGCACAUCCAGUGCGGGAUAUGAAGUUAUGUUUCGAGUGGUUGCUCUUCCUUUUCUGGAUUAUUUUUACAAAAUCAUCGUGGCAAUGUCCGACUUUUGAAAAGCAAAAACAAAAAAAACAAAAAAUGAUGACUAAGUAUGUAGCAUUUGAUCGGGAGCCCUGAAGAACACCUCACCCAGAACCAACAAGAUAGGAAACAUGGCCUCCAUCCACUUUAUCUUCUCCGUCCUUUGGAUUAUCAUCAGUGCAUUCUCCUAUGGUUAUCACAUCUCUGCCUUGAACGGAGCCCAGGAUGUGAUCACCUGCAGGUCAAACAGCUCUCUUCCCUCCGACCAAACCGUCUAUCCAUCCCUCUCGCUCCUCACCCCAUGUAUCGCCAUGUCCGACAAUCGAUUCGGCUUCCUGACUGCCUCCUACACCAUCGGCGGCUUCCUCGGCUCGGUCUAUGCCUCCAAACUAGCUCGAUCUCGCGGCAAGCGGAACACGUUAUUGCUCUCGGCCAUCUCCAUCGGAAUCGGCUCCCUUCUGAUGUCGCUCUCCAACUUCUUCUCGAUGAUCCUCAUCGGCCGGACGAUCAUCGGAAUCGGCUGUGGAAUCAACACCGUCCUCGUGCCCAUCUACCUCUCUGAGAUCUCCCCCAGCCAGAUCCGUGGCUCGGUCGGGGUGAUGAACCAGUUGGCUAUCGUCUUUGGCAUCUUCGCCUCUCAACUAGUCAGUCUACCGCUCGCAAGACCAUUCGCCUGGCGCUGGAUCUUCAUCAUCAGUGCUGCUUUCUCAACCCUACAACUUCUCACCAGCCCACUCGUCCUCAACCAAAAAGAUCAACCCUCCUCCUCCCAUUCAGAUCAUCCAGCUCAUCACCCACUCGAUCGAGAAUCAGACUCAAACCCAGUCAUCCACCAUUCCACUCACGACGACGACAACGACAACGACAACGACUUCGAACGAGAGACCCUCUUGAAUCCAGCCAACACAAUUCACCAACCCAUCUCCAAUCCAGCUCAUCAACAGCUUCCUCAAAACAAUCAAUCCACCAUCCAUCCCCUCUCCGUCUCGCAGCUACUACUCAAGCAUUGGAAACAAGAUCCAGCUCUAGCUAAUGGAUUGAAAGUUCUCCUGAUCACCCAACUCGCCCAACAACUCUCAGGAAUCAAUGCGGUACUCUACUACUCAACCUCGAUCAUGAAGUCCGUCCUGCCCACCCAAGCAAUCUACAUCUCACUCUUCAUCACCGCGAUCAACGUGCUGAUGACCUUUCCGGCGAUCUUCUUGGUCGACAAGCUGGGCCGGAAGUGCUUACUGCUCCUCUCGGCCGGCUCGAUGGCCCUCACCUCCCUAGUCCUCGCUCUCUCAAUCAACUACGAAAUUGCCCAGCUCUCUAGUCUGGCCAUCGUGCUCUUUGUCGCCAGCUUUAGCAUCGGCCUCGGCCCGAUCCCCUUCGUCAUCCUCAGCGAACUCGUGCCCCUCUAUGCUGUCAGUGCCGCUGGUUCGUUGGGAUUGGCCGUCAAUUGGGCCUCUAACUUCUUAGUCGGUUUGGUUUUCCUUCCGUUAAGGAAUCUGAUGGCUUCACCCGAUGGAGAUGGGGACGGCAACGUGUUUUUCAUCUUCACUAUCCUAGGAUGUCUCUCCACCUUUCUCAUCCAUCAAAAUUAUCAGCAUCACCAUCAUCAGUAAUAGUAGUAAUAGUAGUAGUAAUAAUAGUGUUAUGUUUCUUACGGGAUUCCUUUAGCGCUAUAGAUUUAAAUCCUUGUUUUGCUUCAUGUUAUUUAUCAGCUUUUCGUAUUUUUUUUGUAUUUUUUUUUGAUUCUUACAGUUGGCUUACCAAUCCUGCCUUUCUUGUUCUUGUUCUUUGCAAUGUAUGUACACUUAUCUGUUGUUUUUUCUUAUGUAUAUAUAUAUAUAUAUAUAUAUGCAACACAAC